AUGUCCCCGUCUACAUCUCACAGCGCCCGUAUGCUAUCCUUAGCUUCGAGAACCUCGACUUAUAGCUCACGGCCUCUGUUCUCAUUGAUAAGCCGAUCGAGUAUCCUCCGCACAUCUGGCUCGCAAGCUCGUCACAACAGUGGCGUAACACAGGACUGGAAGGGCUCAUCUGGAGAGAAAUCCACAACCCACCGCGUGCAGAAGGAGAAGGACACCACAGACCCCGAGACGAUAGCGGCUAGCCGGACGAUGAAGGAUAGAGAAGAGAAUUUUGGCGUGGGCAACAGGGGCGAGUCUGAUGCCGCAACUGAGAGGGGAGGCCUGAAGAACCAGGAGAAGGUCAAGAAGGACCAUCCAAAGGCGCCCACGCCUGUUCUAGGUAUUAAUGACGAAAGAGCACAGAAGGGAGUUUGA